AUGGAACGUCCUUGGUUCGUUAUUGUGUGCUUUCAGGAAUCUGAAAGUGACAAUGCAGAAGCUGAUGCUACCCACUUUGAUAACACGAGCAUAGUUAGUAUCAGAUUAUCCCUCAAUGGUGGAUAUUGGCCUAAUGAGAGAAUGCAGCUGGAUUUCGCUAAACAAGACUACACCCUUGCUUACUACAACUAUACCAGGUUUUAUUCGAACUAUCCACAUUCGACGAAGGUUCACUCAAUCUUGGAUUAUGAAGAAUUCAAACAGCAUGCAUUAUUUGUUAUUGAUUGUUCGAGGCAGAAAGAGACCAUGAAAUCCUCGAUAGUUGAUAUAAAGCUUGAAAUAGAAGCCGAUGAAGGAUUCCCUGCUGACACCAAAGCCUAUUGCAUUAUCGUACAUGACUGUCUGCUAGAGUACUUUUCUCUAACGGAAGUCGUCAGAACCUUGAUUUGA